UCAACAAGAGAAGAUUUGGAUCAGGAAGAAGAAAAGAUUGGAGAAGAAACUGAAGAAAAAACUAAGGAAGAAACUGAAGAAGAAACUGAGGAAGAAUCCAAUAAUAGCAUUAAUAGACCAAAUAUUAUUAAAAUUGGUAAUUUGGUCAAAAAUAUAAUUUAUGACGCUCUUUGUAAUUAUUUUGAUUCACCACCAAAUUUAGUCUUACUUGCAAGUAUUUUGAAUCCUAGAUUCAAAAAAAUAAAAAAUUGGCUAGAAGAAAAAAAAGAAAAAGCAAUCACUUUAUUAAGAUCUAAAUAUACUCUUUUUAAAGAUGAGGAACUUUCAAAUAAUAGUCAAGAGUCUAAUAAUAAAAAUAGUUAUCAUUUUAAAGGGCAUAAAGAAAAAACAAAUAGCAAUUUUAAAUUAU